AUGAAUGAAGCGCUGGUCGAGCACCUCCAAGAUCUCCACGAGUCGCUACAGGACUACACGCCCCCGAAGGUCACGCACCCGGACAUCCACGACCUCCAACCACCCAAGAAAUCCCUCUUUGGGUCGUUGUUCUCGGGCGGCAAGAAGAAGAAGGCCAUAGGCGAGAUACCCGCGAACCUGCCCAAGGGACUGUACAUGUACGGCGACGUCGGGUCCGGGAAGACGAUGCUCAUGGAUCUGUUCUUCGACACGUUGCCGGCGAACAUCACGUCCAAGACGCGCAUCCACUUCCACAAUUUCAUGCAAGACGUGCACAAGCGGCUGCACAAGAUGCGGAUGGAGUACGGCAACGACUUCGACGCCGUGCCCUUCAUCGCGGCCGACCUGGCCGAGACGGCCCAGGUCCUCUGCUUCGACGAGUUCCAGGUGGUCGACGUCGCGGACGCCAUGAUCCUGCGCCGGCUGAUCGAGGCGCUGAUGUCGCACGGCGUCGUCCUGGUGACCACCUCCAACCGGCACCCGGACGACCUGUACAAGAACGGCAUCCAACGCCAGUCCUUCAUCCCGUGCAUCAACCUGCUUAAGAAGCAACUGCGCGUCAUCAACCUGGACUCGCAGACGGAUUAUCGCAAGCUGCCGCGCCCGCCCAGUGGCGUGUACCACCACCCGCUCGACCGCGCGGCCAAAUCCCACGCGGACAAGUGGUUCAGCUUCCUCGGCGACCCGGAGAACGACCCGCCUCAUCCGACCACCAUCACGGUGUGGGGCCGCGAAGUCCAUAUCCCGCUCGUCUCGGGGCGCGCCGCGAGGUUCUCGUUCCACGACCUCAUCGGCCGAGCCACGGGCGCGGCGGACUACAUCGAGAUGAUGCGCAGCUUUGACGCCUUCAUCGUCACGGACGUGCCGGGCAUGACGCAUCGCGAGAGAGACUGGGCCCGACGGUUCAUCACCUUCAUCGACGCCGUGUACGAGAGCCACGCCAAGCUGGUGCUCACCACGGCCGUGCCGCUGAGCCAGUUGUUCGUCAGCAAGACGGAGCUGGACGAGAGUUUGGACAAAGUGACGGACAAGGUCAAGAAGGACGAGGCGGCAGCGAGCAAGGACGAGAAAAACGUGGCCCAGGAGAUCCGCAACGCGAAACACAAUUCCUCGGGUCCUUCGGGCCAGGAUGAAGGCCACGACGUGGACGACGUGAUGCGCAACUUGAUGGACGAUCUGGGCAUGAACAUGAGCAUGCUCAAGCAGUCGUCGCUGUUUAGCGGGGACGAGGAGCGCUUCGCCUUCGCGAGGGCCUUGAGCCGCUUGACCGAGAUGGGCAGCCAGGAGUGGGUGGAGAGGGGACUGGGGCUUGAGAAGAGAGGAGGACUUCACGAGAAGGAAGGCUGGCAGAGGGUCCGGAGCCGGUGGAGGGAGGAUAGUCUGUGA